AUGGUGAAAAAGAGUCUGAAAGGAGAAGGUUUAAAGACAAAAGGAAAUAACAAUGGGGCAGCUCUGAAGCUGAAGAGGCAGGUAGUGAGAAAAACAGAAACAAAGAAGCAAAGGGACAGUAUAUUUGAGUUUUCUCCUAUUUACGAUUUGUUGAGAAACUUCAAGAAAGCCCCUAAUCAAUGGACGGCCAGAUACAUUAUCAUCUUGUCGGCAGUAAUAUUAAGAGGAGUUAUUGGGCUAGGAUCAUUUCUGGGUGAGGGAGAAAAGCCUAUAAAUGGAGAUUUUGAGGCCCAGAGACAUUGGAUGGAAUUAACAUUAAAUAUUCCUAUCAGUGAAUGGUAUUUUUUUGACUUGGAAUAUUGGGGUUUGGAUUAUCCUCCGCUCACAGCAUACCAUCUGCUCUUGCUCGGAAAGAUUGGAUCAUUGAUCAAUCCUUCAUGGUUUGCAUUGAAUGAAUCUAGGGGAUAUGAAGGUAGUGAUUUAAAGACUUUCAUGAGACUCAGUAGUAUUGCAAGCGAGCUCAUAAUAUAUGUCCCUGCUUUGUUGAGCAUAAUAUCGGUCAUUGGGAAGAACUUGAAUGUUGGAAGAAUGGAUCAGAUCAUAUUCUCCUCGAUCUUGUUUUAUUUACCGCCAUUAAGUUUAAUUGAUCAUGGCCAUUUCCAAUAUAAUUCUGUGAUGUUAGGACUCUUCUUAUUAUCAUUUGGGGAAUUGGUGAAAAAGAACCUCAUCUUGGCAUCUAUAUGGUUCAUUUUAUCUAUCAACUUUAAGCAAAUGGCCCUAUACUAUGCGCCAUUUAUUUUUGUUUACAUUCUAUCCAAUCUAUUUGAAAGACCUGUUUCUGUGAAAUAUCCAUGGACGACAUUCAACUUUAAAAAUCUUAUAUUGAUUAGUAUAACUAUUGUUAUCACCCAGGUUGCGGUGCUUUGGCCCUUUAUUAUGAAUUCACCGACUUAUGAAGAUGCGCUUAUCAUGAUUCGCCAAAUAUUGUUCAGAGUGUUUCCAUUUCAAAGAGGUUUAUUUGAAGAUAAGGUAGGGAACUUCUGGUGUGUUUCUAAUUUAUUAAUUAAGUAUAGAGACAUAUUUUCUUUGAAUCAGUUGACUAAAUUAUCAUUGGCAACAACAUUACUUUCACUUGCUCCUCCUUGUUUAAUGGUAUUUUACAAAGGCUUAUUUCAAAAAGAUUUUAACGAUCAAAAAAGGCUUCUUUCUCUUAUAUAUGGAUUUGCUGCUACCGCUUGGAGUUUUUAUAUGUUUUCCUUCCAGGUUCAUGAAAAAUCGGUCUUAGUUCCACUUCUUCCAAGUUCAUUAUUAUAUUUGCUCAAUGAUAAGAACUACGUAUCAAUAAUUCAAUGGAUUAACAAUAGUGCUACUUUCAGCUUAUAUCCUUUGUUGAAAAAGGAUCAUUUAAUAUUGCAAUAUGCCGUCAGCUUACUAUUGUCAAAUUGGUUCAUUGGUGGGUUUAAUAUCAAAGCAAACAUGUUAAUACCUAGUUCAAAUAUCUUUUGGAAAUUGAUAGUAAUCGGAUCUUAUAUAUCCAUGUUGCUUUAUCAUGUUAUUGACAUUUAUAUCCCACCGCCAUCUUCAUAUCCAGAUUUAUGGGUCAUAGUUAACGCUACAAUAUCAUUUAGUUGCUUUGGUAUAUUUUGGUUGUGGUUGUUGUAUAAAAUAUAUAAAAUAUAG